ACAAACAGAAAAAGGAGAAAUAUAAAAGAAAAUUGUCAGAGUUUAAUGUAAAUUAGCAUAGGAAUAAACAGAGACAAAGAAAAUCCUAGUUAGCUAAUAGUAACAUAACAAAUUAAAGAAAGCAGUCUUUACUUUAUAAAUACCUAUUCCUUAUUGCAGACUCUCUUCCAUUUUCUGCAUCUAUCUAUCCUCUGCAGAUUAAUUUGCAAGGAAGAACUAAAAACUUUCUGCACUCUCUAUUUUCAUCUUCCAACCCUUUCUUUCCUUACCAGGUGAAGGUAUGGAAUUCCAAAGUGAUCUAACAAGAGAGAUCUCUCCACAAAGGAAACUAGGAAGAGGAAAGAUUGAGAUCAAACGGAUCGAAAACACAACAAAUCGUCAAGUCACUUUCUGUAAGAGACGCAAUGGUUUGCUCAAAAAGGCCUAUGAAUUAUCUGUGCUCUGUGAUGCUGAGGUUGCUUUGAUUGUCUUCUCAAGCAGAGGCAGACUCUAUGAGUAUGCCAACAACAGUGUGAAGGCAACAAUUGAGAGGUACAAGAAAGCUUGUUCAGAUUCCUCAAACACUGGUUCAAUUUCCGAGGCCAAUGCUCAGUAUUAUCAGCAAGAAGCCUCCAAACUGCGCGCACAAAUUGGAAAUCUGCAGAAUCAGAACAGGAACAUGCUGGGAGAAUCACUGGCUGCACUGAGCCUCAGAGAUCUGAAGAAUCUGGAACAAAAAAUUGAAAAAGGGAUUAGCAAAAUCAGAUCCAAAAAGAAUGAGCUGCUGUUUGCUGAAAUUGAAUAUAUGCAGAAGAGGCAGGAAAUUGAUUUACACAACAACAAUCAGUACCUGAGAGCAAAGAUUGCUGAAACUGAGAGAGCCCAGCAGCAGCAGCAGAUAAACUUGAUGCCAGGGAGUUCAAGCUAUGAGCUUGUGCCUCCACCUCAGCAAUUUGAUACUCGAAACUAUUUACAAGUUAAUGGUUUGCAAACCAACAACCAUUACACUAGACAAGACCAACCAUCUCUUCAACUAGUCUAAUAUGGUUGAAGGUCUUCUAUGUUUUGUGCUCUACAUCUUAACUACAAGAGAAGACUACUAUUAAGCUUGAAGAUUCUUGGAAGUGAAGAUCAACUUAAGUAUGUAUACCAUAUUAUAUUACUUGCUGAAUGAGCUGAGACUCUUCAAUGUUGUAUGUUAAUUAAGUGGAUAUGUGUUUUUUACUUGAUGUUCCUUUUCUGGCAGUGUACUAUGAGGAAUUAAGCUUGUUAUUAUUAAGUUGAUUACUACUGUUUUGCUCAA